UCAAGACUGUGCAUUUCUUUACAUCCUCGUUCUUCAGUAAACUGUCGCCUACCCCGUGGAAAACUGAAACUUUGCGUGUUAUUUGGAUAUCGAUGUGUAUCGAUGUCAGCUCUGUCCUGUGAAAAAUGCUGCACGUACACCAAUUCGUACAUCUGGCGAUCGCGUUUUGCAUCUAUCCGCUUCUGAAAUGCGGUGGAAGUGCUUAAAUCGAUUCGCCCCUGGUAUUGAACCAACAAAAGCCGCUCUUUUUAACGUGGCUUUGAUGGGACGCCUCACUAGGCCAUAGACAUUGGCUUGGGCAAGUUCAUAAUUGAAUCUCCACUGUAAAUCUUUUACGAGAGUGUUGUUUCAAAGGAUGGCUGAAGACCAUGAUCGAUUUGUAAAUGUUUUUCCAGAGUCAAAGCGUUUCAAGACAGCAACUGUAAGGGCUAAAAUUCUCGAUAUAAAAAAACUCAGCAAUAUUGGAUUGGACAUGUCUGAAUUGCGCUGCAAAGAUUUGGAGAAGAUCAAGUGCUUCAGAGGACCACAGCCUCUAGAUUCAAGUAACAUUUUCAUUGAUACUCAGAGCAAUGGAGAACGCUACAUAUUUGUGAAAGAGCCGGCUUGCUCUCCAUCGCACACAGCUGAGUGGCCAAGUUUUCGGAAGUUACACAAUCUACGAUUUCCAAAUGAAAAACGCCAGGAAUCCUUAGGAAUAUGGUACACUGGUAAUCAGGCAAAGAAUCAACAGCCGAAGAUCCCUGUUACGUACGAAAAAAAUGCAGCAAUGCCUAAUUUCGACUACAAGCGGGGAGUACCUGACAUGCCGGAACCACGUAGGAAAUUCAAGCCAAUCGCAUGCGAUAUUUGCAACAGGGAAUUCGGCUCUUAUUCCAUCUCGAUCCAUCGUCCACAAUGCAUGAAGAAAUUGAUGUCCAGCAACAACUAGCGACCAAAUGCUUUUAAAAA